UCCCGAAAUAAAACCAUUAUAAGUUAUCUUCCACGUUUAUCAACGUGGAUCAAUUUAGUUUGAAUUCUGAUGAACUCAAAUGAAUCGCUGAAUAUAAUUUUUUAGUGGGUAAACGUUCUAGAAUUGGUGUUAAAGAUGUCUUCAGCUCAAGAUCCCUUUUAUAUUGUCAAGGAGGAAAUUCAAGAAUCUAUUGACAAGCUCUUGUCCACGUUUCAUCAAUGGGAGCAAACUCCUGCAAAUAGUGGUGAGCAAGUACAUCUUACAAAGGAACUUCUUGCUGCAUGUGAGAGCAUUGAGUGGCAGGUGGAUGAAUUGGACAAAACAAUCGCUGUUGCAGCAAAAGAUCCCUCUUGGUAUGGUAUUAAUGAAAGUGAGCUUGAUAGAAGAAGAAGAUGGACCAGCAAUGCCCGAGCUCAAGUGGGAAGCGUGAAGAAGUCAAUAGUAACUGGAAAGGAGUCUUAUGGGACAAGUACAUCUAAUCUCAAUGGGAUGCGGCGAGAACUGUUGAGACUGCCAGAUUCUGAUCAGAAAGAGAGAUCCAAUGCAUACUCUGCCCGAGAUAAUGAUGAUUUCAUAUCAUCAGAAUCAGAUAGGCAAUUACUUCUUAUGAGGCAACAGGAUGAAGAGCUAGACGAGCUUAGUGCUAGCGUAGUUAGAAUCGGAGAUGUUGGGCUCACCAUACAUGAUGAACUUCUUCAACAGGACAAGAUCAUUAAUGAAUUGGGCACGGAGAUGGAAAGUACAUCUAAUCGUCUUGAAUUCGUUCAGAAAAAGGUAGCCAUGGUAAUGAAGAAGGCCAGCGUCAAGGGACAGAUGAUGAUGAUUUGUUUUCUGAUAGUUUUGUUUAUUGUUCUUUUCGUUCUAGUUUUCUUGACCUAGUUUCAUUUGUUUUCUGAUAAUUUUGUUUUUUUANAUGAUAGUUUUGUUUUUUUAAUUCAUUCUGGUUUUCUCGACCUAGUUUAUGUAUGUAUUGUUAUGAAUAAACUGGCUUCCAUACAGCAUAAAUGAAUUGAAAAUCUUGGCGAUGACACUCA